GAUUCUUUGGCACCUGUAACAUCGGACACACAGUCUCUUACUGUGGCAUCUGGAAGUGGAACAGGAAGUGGAAGUGAGGAGGAAGGAGCUGGGAAGGCCCAACCCAAAAGGCUCCAUGUUUCCAAUAUCCCCUUUAGGUUUCGGGACCCAGACCUGAGGCAGAUGUUUGGGCAAUUUGGCAAGAUUCUAGAUGUGGAGAUCAUCUUUAAUGAGAGAGGGUCAAAGGGUUUUGGAUUUGUGACAUUCGAGAGUGCAGGGGAGGCGGAUAGAGCGAGAGAGAAGCUCAACGGAACGAUCGUCGAGGGAAGAAAGAUUGAGGUGAACAACGCCACAGCGAGGGUGGUAACAAAAAAGCCCCAGACGCCAUUAGUGAACGCUGCUGGCUGGAAAAUCAAUCAAGUAAUGGGGGCCAUGUACGCCCCAGAACUUUACACAGUCGCCAGCUUCCCUUAUGCUGUUCCGACACCGACCUUGGCCUACAGAGGCUCUGGCCUUCGUGGACGUGGUCGGGCAGUCUACAAUACAAUCCGCUCCGCUACAGCCACAGCCACACCAGCUGCAGUACCAGCCUAUCCCGGAGUGGUGUAUCAAGACGGAUUGUAUGGUGCCGAGGUCUAUGGAGGAUAUCCCGCUACAUAUCGAGUGGCCCAGUCGGCCUCAGCAGCUGCAACAGCCGCAUACAGUGAUGGAUACGGAAGAGUCUAUACCACAACAGACCCCUACCAUCACUCAGUGGGACCCACCACCACUUAUGGAGUUGGAACAAUGGCAAGUUUGUACCGUGGAGGCUAUAACCGCUUUACUCCGUACUGAAUGAAAACCACUCUUUGACUCACUUCUGCCGAUGACGAUACUUCAUGAACCAUCAUCUUCUGAGUAACCAUUUGACCUUACUGUAAGAUUGUAAAUACUGCUGAUAUUUAUUGAGGAAAACAGACAAAUCCAGCCUGAACAUAUAAUUAUUUAAAUUUAGGGACUUAAUCCUAAUUUAAUUCCUAAUUUAAGAAAAUAUCCCAUCAAAAAAGAUAAGUACAUAGCUAUCAGACUGCACAGUGUCUAGCUCAUUAUAUUGUUGUUGUUAUUGACAGUACAUACUGAUACUAUCAAAUAGAGCCUCACAGGUAGAUGACAGGCCUCACCAAGUGGCGCCGCGCAACACUGUCAUUUUAUCACAACCUCUGGAUCUGUUGCACUGCUGAAUGCUGAUGUUAUACAAUAUAAGACAAAUACCUCGAGUGGAACUUCCCCCUGAGAGAAAUACAAAACUCUGAACUGGUCUAGUAUGUAUAGGACUGUGUGUGUGUGUGUGUGUGUGUGUGUGUGUGUGUGUGUGUGUGUGUGUGUUCUUUGGAGUGUUCGAGUGAGUGUAAUUUUUCUGCUGUCACAAGCAUUUCUGUGAGAUACAGCAAUGGCACUGGGGUGGGUGAUAUUUUUCUCACAAUGUAAUCUACCUCUGAGCUAAACAUCUCUUUAUUCUAUCUAUCUAUCUAUCUAUCUAUCUAUCUAUCUAUCUAUCUAUCUAUCUAUCUAUCUAUCUAUCUAUCUA